AUGGCGGUUUCUCUUUUCUCAGGCAUUUCAGGGGCUACAUUUACGUUAAUAAACCGGUGUGACUACAUAGUAUGGCCUGGAAUACAAGCCAAUGCGGGUAGCACCAGAUUGGCUAGUACCGGGUUUGAACUCCCACCGGGUGGGUCAAAGUCAUUCCAAGCUCCACCAGGCUGGUCUGGGCGGUUAUGGGGCAGAACCGGUUGUUCUUUCGGCAUGAAUACGAGUGAAGGAAGCUGCGCCACCGGUGAUUGCGGUUCCAACCAAGUAGAGUGCAAUGGUGCCGGAGCUACCCCACCGGCAACUUUAGCCGAGUUCACAAUCGGAUCGGGUACUGAUUCCCAUAUCCAGGACUUCUAUGAUGUCAGUUUAGUUGAUGGGUACAACUUGCCAAUGAUUGUUGAAGCAAUUGGAGGGUCCGGUAAUUGCAGCUCAACCGGGUGUGUGACCGACUUGAACAGGAUGUGCCCGAAUGAGUUACGGGUCGGGGAUGGAGGUGCAUGCAAGAGCGCGUGUGAAGCAUUUGGGAGUCCAGAAUACUGCUGCAGCGGCGCGUAUGGUUCACCGUCGACUUGUAGGCCGUCCGUUUACUCGGAGAUUUUUAAAUCGGCGUGUCCGAGAUCAUAUAGCUAUGCCUACGAUGAUGCCACCAGCACCUUUACGUGUUCCGGGGCGGAUUAUACCAUCACAUUUUGCCCUUUAUUAACAAGCCAGAAAUCUUCAAGAGAUUCAUCAUUGCCAAUGACUACAGGAACACCAGAUGGUUCAGGAUCAGGAUCACAAGAAAGCUCAUGGUUACCCAACUCUGUCACCGGGAACUCAUGGAAGAUCGCUUCUCAUUUUGCCAUGCAAUUUACACUGAUUGUUUCUACAAUUCCUCAUAAUCCACUCAUCCAGCAAUCGACAUUCGAUGGGAUGCGCGUCGUUAUUCAAAAAAGUAUAUACGUUUGUCUAAUGAGUUGCUCUGAUAUUUCUGCUUCCAAGGUUUGA